GUGGUAUGUGUGGAAUGAGUGGAGUGUGUGGAUUUGUUUGCUAUGUUGCCUAAUCCAAGCAGCACAGCAUCACACAGCAACACCAUCUGUUACUGCUCACAUUUGGAGUCAUCUGCUCCACUGGACUGACGGGUGCUGGGUUUUAGGGCGGGUACUGGUGGGGAAAGCUGGGAGGUGGUUCGGACACCUCCUGCAUCCUGUUGUCAGGCUGUGUGUGGAGCUGGGACGGAGAGGAAGCGGAUACUUCUGAUUUGCCAAACAGCAUCAGCAGCACUCCGAUGGCUCUGUUCGCUCAGUGAGGAGAGGAUGCAAAGGAGGGAGAGGCGUAGACAGACACGGUGAUACGCACAUGGCUGCCUGCACCGCCUGCACGCUCUGACUGCGGCUCCCACUUUCGUUCACCGGGAGCUGACAUGCUGAGAGACGCUGCUCGGAGGCUGGAAGCUGCCGCAACCACCGAUCACCAUCAAGCACUUACAAACAAGCUGUGAUCAGACAGGGAAGCUGAGUCUGCUGAUCAGAUAGCUUGAUCAUCAAACAGCCUUUCGCGCGCCUGAGAAAUUUUGUUCCUGCCGAGCCGCCGUAGCGAUGGGAGACAACAUGUCCAAGCGGCUGAAACUGAUCUCGGCUACAGAGGCGGAGAUGGAGGAGCGUUCUUUCCCAAACCCCUACCCUGACUGGGACCAAGGAGUCCUCACUGCCAAUUCCGUGGCAAACGAGCAGAUCAAUGAGCCGUUUGAUGCAGAAGGGAAGGUUACUGCAGCAUUCCAGAGGAAGGUCCAAAAUAAGAUCAAAGAUCUCCUCCAGCAGAUGGAGGAGGGUUUAAAGACCGCUGACCCUCAUGACUUCUCCACUUACACUGGCUGGACAGGCAUUGCCUUGCUGUACCUUCAGCUGCACAGGGUCUCCCACGAGGCCUCACACUUGCAACGGGCCCUAGACUAUGUGAAGAGGGCCAUGAGGAUAUUGAAUGGUCGCAAAGUGACUUUUCUGUGCGGAGAUGCAGGGCCACUGGCCGUGGGUGCUGUGGUGCACUACAAACUGAACAACACUGCUGACAGCAACGACUGUCUUUCCAGGCUUCUUCAACUGCAGCGGUCCGUGCUGAGUCCAGACUUUGAGAUGCCAGAUGAGCUACUGUAUGGCCGAGCUGGCUACCUUUUUGCUCUGCUCUACAUUAACAAAGAGAUAGGAGCCGAUACUGUGGAUGAGAGCACUAUUACAAAGGUGGCGACAGCGAUUGUGGAGUCAGGCAAGAACAUGUCAGCAGAGCAAAAGAAAACUGAUCGCUGUCCUCUGCUCUAUGAAUGGCACAAGAAACAGUAUAUCGGCGCUGCCCACGGUCUGGCUGGCAUCUAUUGCAUGCUCAUGCAGCCUGCAGCAAAGAUCCAUCCAGACAUGCUUUCAGAGCUGGUUCGUCCCAGCAUCGACUAUGUCCGCCACAAGAAGUUUCGUUCAGGGAACUUUCCAUCAUCCCUGAGCAAUGAGAGUGACAGGCUGGUUCACUGGUGCCACGGAGCUCCUGGUGUCAUCCAUAUGCUUAUUAUGGCCCAUAAGGUGUUUAAAGAGGAGAAGUACUUGAAGGAGGCUGCAGAAUGUGCUGAGGUCAUCUGGCAACGGGGCCUGCUCAGAAAAGGUUAUGGUAUCUGCCAUGGCACUGCUGGCAAUGGUUACGCCUUCUUGUCCCUUUACAAGCUCACCCAAGAGAAGAAAUACCUGUACCGUGCCUGCAAGUUUGCUGAGUGGUGCUUGGACUAUGGGACCCACGGCUGUCGUAUCCCAGACAGACCAUAUUCUCUUUUCGAAGGCAUGGCCGGGACCAUCCACUACCUGUCAGAGAUGGGAAAGCCUGAAGCCUCCUGUUUCCCUGCUUUUGAACUUUGACCUGCCAAUGGAAGAUACUGAAGGUGAUGAAGGAGGGUGAAGGAGGGUGAAGGGGAUGAACGGUAUUUCCAAGUCAGCGUGACUGGAACAUUGAAGAAGGAUGUACUUUGACACAACUUUCAGCAUCGGUCAUAAGUAGUGACUGAAUGUUUGUUGGAUUAAAUACCUUAGUUGAUUUUUAGGCUUGAAAACAUUAAAAAGUUAAAGAUAAGUUUGGCCAAAACCACAGGUUGAUUUAAGGUAGUUUGAAGAGGACCGUCUUGAUGGGUAUUUCUGAUGUUGAAGAUGGACACUUGUCCUGUGGGACCUGUGAGAUCUUCCUUCACUUCUGAGUUGUCCUCUGGUGUUUUAGGUAAAGACAUGGACUUCAGCCUCCCUUCUCACCCUGUUGAAUUGAUUGCCAGCUGGUAUGGACACAGAAGAACACAUCCUAAGCCCUCAGCCUUAGGGUGUGUGUGUGUGUGUGUGUGUGUGUGUGUGUGUGUGUGUGUGUGUGUGUGUGUGUGUGUAUGUGUGUGUGUGUGUGUGCUACAUUGUGAGAACCAUUUUCUGCAUUUAACUAUCAAAGUGAGGACAUUUUGGCCGGUCCUCACUUUGAAACAGCCAUGUUUGAGGGUGAAGACUUGUUUUUAGAGAACAGGUAUGAAUUGAGGUUUGGUUAGGGUUAGGGUAAGGAUUAAGUUUAGGCCAUCAGUUGUGAUGGUUAAGGUUAGGGUAAGGCUCUAGGAAAUGCAUUACGCCUAUGGAUGUCCUCACUAAGAUAGAAGUACAAACAUGUGUGUGUGUGUAUGUGACGUGUAUGUGAGGUGAUUUGUGUGUGUGUUUGAUGUGAACUAAAGCUGUUUUGGUAUUUCUGCAUGCUCACUGUUAUUGGCUCUUGGUGCCUCAUUUCAUGUCAGUAUGGUGAUUUCUUCUUCCUAUAUUUUGAUGUUUCCCAUGGCAGUGGUAGAUGUACAUCUGAUGAAUGUUGCUUUGACAUUCCAUGUUGUGCCUCAGACCAGAGGUUGCACUGACCUUAUGUAACCCACCCUUUUCUUAUUAGUUGCAUUUUCUGUUUGUCCUCUGGUUAAUGUUAUUUUCACUUCCAGUCCAAACUCUGGGUCCUAAUCAGGUCACACAGAACCUACGUCCACAUUCACUAUAUAGCUUGUCGCUCUUUCAUGGAUUCAGUUGUGGAGACUGUGUCUGGACUGUCAAAACCAAGUCUCCAAGAACGGCACUUGGCUUUGAAUUGAUUUUGAUGUAGUGGUGUAAUUGCUUUUCAAUAUUUUCGGUGUUCAUCGCAUGAUGCACAAUGGGCCCUGAAAGCAAUUUCCCCACAGUCGUUACAAACCCCACAUAAUGACCUUUUAUGACCAGACACUGGAGUCAGCUCUCUACCAACACAACUCCAAAAAGAUCAGGGGCUAUGUUUUGGUAUUUUGCUGAAACUCGUUCAGACCUGUUUGUUAGCUCGCCUCUAGCAUGUACUGGUUUCAAUGACGUUGUAUGUGUCACACAUGGAUGUGAGCAUGAUAUAUUAUGUGACACAUUAUUGUUUCAGUAAUUUAGAGGAGACCAGAGCAAAACUGGGAUUAGUUUGUUGUCUGAGCUGUUGGUAGCGGCAUCCAACCUUCCCUACUGCAACAUGUGCAUUGCUGUUUUAAUUUCCCAGCUUCAGCAUGGUUCCUCCCCUCAUCUAAACCUACACCUGCUACUACUUCUUGAAAAAGGCAUAAAACAGGUCCCUUUGUAAUUGACAGGCUUGAGUGGGAAUUGGAGAUCUGCCUGCAUAACAGAAAUAAUAUGUAUUGCCCAAUAAACACUGAACAAAAAUAGAAA